AAGAAUAUUAAUUUUGAACUGCUCUCCGUUAUUUCUCUCUCUAUUUUUAAUUCGAAAUCUCAAAGUAACUGCGUCAUCUCUCUUCGUUAUGUCUGCUUCGACCGUGUCAAUCACCGCCAACCCCGCCGCUCGACGGAGACCGGUGGUCGCCGGCGAAAAGAAAUCGAACCACGUCGAUUUGGUAGCGACAGAAGCACAAUUCAACGGCAGCGGAGAGGCUGAUAAAUUAGUUGCAGUGUCUCAAAGCAAAGAUGGAAGCCAUCACUCUAUUUUCGAGAGAACAACCACAUCUAAUAAGGAUCUCACCAGAAAACCUAAUUCAACCCUAAUUUCCCCGCCUGUUCGUAGGACUCGUAAAGCAGCAGCGGUUACUCCUCAUAGUAAGCUUGAGAAGCCACGUUGGUUGACCGUGCUCAGUGUUUUCACCAAGAAUUUUAUGCUUUUGCUUGUUUUGAUUGCUCUGGUUCAGAUGGUUAGGAAACUGGCUCUCGAUUCACCACCAUCCUCAGGAGGUAAUGCCGAUUAUUCUUCUCAUUUUGCCGAAUCCGAGGCCCGAACUGCGGAGGUUGAAUCCCUCGUUAAGAAACUGGUCAAAAUGAUCCAGGUUCAAGUUGAGGUUGUUGACAAGAAAAUUGAUAGUCAGGUUGGUGGUUUAAGGACCGAAUUUGACGCCAAAAUUCAUGAGAAAGGAUUGGUUUUGGAGGAAUUGCGUGGUAGAUUUGAUGAACUUGACAAGUCCUUUGGUGAUUUCAAGGCCGUUGAUUGGCUGUCUAAAGAGGACUUUAACAAGUUUGUGGAUGACUUCUUGAACAACAACAAAGGAAAGGACUCUCAAACUCAUGAUAUUAAUCUGGAUGACAUUAGGGCAUAUGCAAGGGAUAUUGUCAUUAAGGAAAUUGAGAAACAUGCUGCCGAUGGACUUGGCAUGGUUGAUUACGCCCUCGCUUCUGCUGGGGCUGCUCCCGUUAAGCACUCCGAGCCUUUUUCCCCUGCAAAGGGGGCCAACUGGUUAUUGAGCACUUCUCGAUAUGGAGCCCAUCCUGAUGCUGUUAAGAUGCUCAAACCCAGCUUUGGGGAGCCUGGACAGUGCUUUGCCCUUAAAGGAACCGCUGGCUUUGUUCAAAUUAGGCUUCGCACUGCUAUCAUUCCUCAGGCAUUUACUCUCGAACAUGUUGCUAAGAGUGUUGCAUUUGACAGGUCCAGUGCUCCGAAAGAUUGUCGGGUGUCCGGUUGGCUGGAAGGGCAUGAUAUUGGUAUAGCAGUUGACGCGGAGAAGAUGUUUCUUUUGAGUGAGUUUACGUAUGACCUUGAGAAGAGCAAUGCUCAAACCUUUCCUGCAUUGAGCUCAGUUGCGUCGGGGCUUGUUGACACCAUAAGGCUGGACUUCACGUCUAACCACGGAAGCUCUCAUCACACGUGCAUAUAUCGGUUGAGGGUUCAUGGUUACGAGCCGGGCGCAGCUUCAAUGAUGACGAUGGAGUCGUGAUGCCUAAAUAUAAAGCGGGAUGUAGAUGCAGUUGUUUUAGUUUAGUGAAAGUAAGUAGGGGAGUGCAAAUGUUUAGCACUGAAUUAAUUGAUGUGGAUGGUGUUGGCCAUUUCUGUAAUCUAGACAACAUUGCGAUUCUCUUUCGUAUUCCAACUUUUGUAUUUGUACUAUCUUUUUUUUUUUUUGGCAAUCCCUAGCCCUAUGGAGGCAAGCAAACCAGAGAAGGUUGAAGACUGAUGAUCAUCAUCAAAUUUAGCUACUGCUGCUUUAGAGAUUGGAGGAAGAUGAUAUGCCUGUGCUGUGGUGUGUAUAUUCAGUUCAAAUUUGAAUCAAAUUGAUUUUUUUA